GUGGCGUUGUUUCAAUAUGGCGGCUUCGAUGAACAGCAGAAUUCUGUCACUGAUAAAUAAAUCUCGGUUACUGAAGUCAGUCAAAAAUAUUCAUACAUCAAGAGUUCUAGCUAUGCCUGCACAUGAUGCUGAAUUUAACCAAGCUAAAGAACGGUUAAACACUUUAACUGAGGCACCAGGGAAUGAUGUCAAACUUAAAAUUUAUGGUUUGUUUAAACAGGCAACUGAAGGAAAAUGUACAAAACCAAAGCCUGGCAUGAUGGACUUAGUUGGUAAAGCAAAAUGGCAGGCCUGGAGUGGCCUCGGAGUCAUAUCUCAGGAUGAAGCCCAGAAGAAAUAUAUUGAUCUUGUAAAUGAGUUAGUAGCAGCUGAGUCUGCAACAAGUUCUGCAUCUGAAUCAACUGGUGACAGCAAAUUUAAGAUGAUCAAUGUCACUAAAGAAAAUAAAAUCUACAAAAUUACGUUAAAUAGACCAAAAAAGAAGAAUGCAUUAAAUCAUCAGAUGUACGAUGAAAUAGUUCAAGCUUUGGAUGAAGCAGGAAAAGAUAACUCCACCUUAGCUGUGAUAACAGGAGCUGGUGAUUAUUUCUGUAGUGGUAAUGAUUUAGAGAAUUUCACUAGUGGUGGGGAUAUACCUGGUAUGGUUAAAACUGCUAGAGAGAUUCUUUUACGAUUUGUUGGAGCAUUUAUAUCUUUUCCUAAACCUUUGAUAGGAUUGAUUAAUGGACCAGCAGUUGGUAUUUCAGUAACAACAUUAGGACUGUAUGAUUUAGUGUACUGUACAGAUAAAGCAACGUUCCACACACCAUUCUCUAAUUUAGGUCAGUCACCAGAAGGUUGUUCAUCUUAUACGUUUCCUAAAUUAAUGGGAACAGCUAAGGCCAGUGAACUUUUGUUGUUCAAUAAGAAAAUCACAGCUAAAGAAGCUUUAGAGAGAAAUUUAGUAACAGAAGUGUUUCCUGAUCAUAGUUUCCAGAAAGAGACAACAACACGAGUAGAACAGUAUGCUCAGCUACCCCCACAGAGUUUACAAAUAUCGAAACGAUUAAACAGAAGGGCAGAGAUUGAUUUAUUACAUAGAGUUAAUGCUGAUGAAUGUGACGUACUUGUAGAAAGAUGGCAGUCGGAUGAGUGUAUGAAUGCAAUUAUGAAUUUUUUCAAACAAAAGACAUCAAAGUUAUAAACUGACAAUGUUUGAAUGGUUAUACAGGAGAUAUUAUAUUAACAACUUAUAAAUUAUUAUAUAAUGUGGGUGAUUCAUGUUUAUUAUUUACAUUGACUUCAUCCACCUUUAACAUUUGAUAAUAAAUUAAAAUGUGAAGAAGUUUU